AGAAGAAGGCUCAGCUAAGGGGCUCUUGUCUAAUGUGCUCAGUUUGUUCUCUUCCCUUGACCACUUGUAUCGAGCCCAUUAGUUCCACGCCAAGGCUGCAAAAAGGCCUGUUUUCUUCUUGUUUGUUUGUUCCUCACUCUCUCAACUGGCUCUGUUCCUCCUGGUUAUGCUUGCCUUGUCCUUUGUUGUCAUUCCCCACCAUCACCACCAUUAAUGAGCUUCUGUCUUCCCUAGUCACCACCCCACUGCCUUUUAGAAAGUAUUUGCUGGAAUUCAGCUCAUUAGGGGCUGGGUUAGCUGGCAGUCUAGUGGAGCAGAAAUAAUCCAAGCCUGGGCAGCUAGCUCUGUCCCCCUCCCUUGCUUGCAACUGCUUUGCUUCUCUCCCCGAGACUAAAGCAUAGCAACAACAACCUGCAACAAACUACAGAAACGAGCACAUAUUUGAGGGUAUUAAAAAUACUCUUGACAUCAAGCUGCACCAGGCACGUCUGCCCUUAUAUGGCGAAGGCAGGUGGCAUUCAGUGCCGAGGGAAGGAGGGAACAAAGGUCACCCCCGUGCUUGCUUUAUUCAGGUACAGCCCGUCUCCAAGGUGCCGUGUGCCCACCAAGCAGACUCCACUAAGUGCCAGAUCCCUCCAGAAGGGAGUGAUCACCAUGGUAGAACUUAAUGCCAAAGUCACCAAGACACUGAACAAAACAACACCUGGUCUCCAGAUAUGGCGGAUUGAGAACAUGGAGAUGGUACCCCUGCCACCCAAAACAUAUGGAAACUUCUAUGAAGGGGAUGCUUACAUUAUUCUCUCGACCCAUAAAACAGGGAACAGCUUCACAUACGAUAUCCACUACUGGCUGGGCAACUCAUCAUCUCAGGAUGAGCAGGGUGCAGCUGCCAUCUACACUACCCAGAUGGAUGAACACCUGGGUGGGGUGGCCGUACAACACCGAGAGGUCCAAAACUAUGAGAGCGAGGCCUUCCGAAGCUACUUCAAACAGGGUAUCAUCUAUAAGAAGGGUGGUGUGGCCUCAGGCAUGAAGCAUGUGGAGACCAACACAUACAAUGUACAACGCCUCCUGCAUGUAAAAGGCAAGAAGAAUGUAGUGGCUGGAGAGGUGGAGAUGAGCUGGAGCAGCUUCAACUCAGGCGAUGUAUUCUUGCUGGAUUUGGGGAAGCUCAUCAUCCAGUGGAAUGGUCCUGACAGCAACCGGAUGGAGAGACUGAAGGGGAUGACUCUGGGUAAGGACAUCCGUGACCGGGAACGUGGUGGCCGAGCACAUGUGGGUGUGGUAGAUGGUGAGAAUGAAGCUGCCUCUCCUGGGCUUAUGAAGGUCAUGACAUACGUGCUGGGGGAGAAGAGGGAUAUACAACCAGCCAUCCCAGAUGCCGUGGUGGACCAGAAGCUGAAAUCUGCUCUUAAACUCUACCAUGUCUGUGAUGUAGAAGGGAACCUACUCAUCCAGGAAGUUGCCAUCCAGCCCCUCACCCAGGACCUCCUGAAGCAUGAGGACUGUUACAUCUUGGACCAGGGUGGUAUGAAGAUCUUUGUCUGGAAGGGAAAGCUGUCCAGCAAAGAGGAGAGGCAGCAAGCCAUGUCACGGGCCUUGGGUUUCAUCAAGGCAAAGAACUACCCACCCAGUACCAGUGUGGAGACUGAAAAUGAUGGCUCUGAAUCAGCUGUUUUUAGGCAGCUCUUUCAGAAAUGGACUGUCCCCAAUCAAAGUGUUGGCUUUGGAAAGACCAGCACAGUUGGAAAAGUAGCCAAAGUAGAGCAGGUGAAGUUUGAUGCCACCACUCUGCAUGCCAAGCCCGAGAUGGCUGCUCAGCACAAGAUGGUGGAUGAUGGCUCUGGACAGGUGGAGGUCUGGCGAAUUGAGAACCUGGAACUGGUGCCAGUGGAGAGUCGCUAUCUUGGGCAUUUCUACAGUGGUGACUGCUACCUCAUCCUCUACAAGUACCAAGUCUAUAAUAAGAUGCAUUACAUCCUCUACAUUUGGCAGGGUCGCCAUGCCAGCAAAGAUGAGAUCACUGCCUCUGCUUACCAGGCAGUCAUUCUGGACCAGCAAUAUAAUGAUGAGCCUGUGCAGGUGCGAGUGACCAUGGGCAAGGAGCCUGCCCAUCUUAUGGCUAUUUUCAAGGGGCGCAUGGUGGUCUACACGGAUGGUACCUCCCGAGCGGGCAAUACAGUUCCGGCACCCUCCACCCGCCUCUUCCAUGUCCAUGGAACCAAUGAAUACAACACCAAGGCCUUUGAAGUGCCUCCCCAGGCCUCUUCCCUCAACUCUAAUGAUGUUUUUAUUCUGAAGACUCCAAGUUGCUGCUACCUCUGGUAUGGGAAGGGUUGCAGUGGAGAUGAGAGGGAGAUGGCCAAGAAUGUGUCUGAUCUAAUCUCCAAGACAGAAAAAGUGGUGAUAGCUGAGGGCCAGGAGCCUGCAGAAUUCUGGGUGGCUUUGGGUGGGAAAUCUCAAUACGCCAACAGCAAAAGAUUACAAGAAGAAACACUUUCCAUCAUGCCACGGCUCUUUGAGUGUUCUAAUAAAACAGGGACCUUCCUUGCCACAGAGAUAACAAAUUUUACUCAAGAUGACUUGGAAGAAGAUGAUGUGUUUUUACUAGAUGCCUGGGACCAGGUUUUCUUCUGGAUUGGCAAAAAUGCAAAUGAGGCUGAGAAGGAAGCUGCUGCUGUCACCGCCCAGGAGUACCUACGUACUCAUCCAGGAGGCCGUGACCCUGAGACUCCCAUUGUAAUCGUGAAGCAAGGCUAUGAACCUCCAACGUUCAGUGGUUGGUUCCUAGCCUGGGAUCCCCUCAAAUGGACGGACAAGAAAAGCUAUGAAGAGCUGAAAGCUGAACUGGCUGAUGAUAACAGCUUAGAGCAGCUCACUUCUGAAAUCCUUGAAGCAAAAGAGGUUUUCACUGCCAGCACUACUUUUGGCAAUGUGUCAUUGUGUACAUAUCCCUUGGAGAAACUGGUAAACAUGCCAGCAGAGGAGCUCCCCAAAGAUGUAAAUCCCACAAGGAAGGAGGACUAUUUGUCAGAGGAAGACUUCCUUGCUGUUUUUGGCAUGUCUCGACAUGAAUUUGCUACACUGGCUGCAUGGAAACAACAGUCUCUCAAGAAGGAAAAAGGACUCUUCUAAAUUUAUACUUACCAUUAGGUAGAUUCAUAUUUUUAAUUUAAUUGAAUUAAAUAGUGCUUGGUAACUGGAAUAUCAACAAAUUAUCAAGCAAACACCACACUGGGAGUUUUGCAGGUGCAAAUUAUUUUAAAAGUUACUCAGAGUAACCAGGGUGGGUGGAAAAAAGCAUCCUUUAAUCUGCAAUAGAACCUUUGGUCUUCCAUAUUUUGAGUUAUAAUUCCCAAUAAAUCCUUAGCAUUGGCUGUGUUGACUGAGGUAUCUGGGAGCUGAAGUCCAUGAACAACAGGAGGGCCAAAUAUCUCCCCUGAUUUCCAUUAGACUUGUUUCUCUUCUCAAUUCCAUUUUUCCCUAUGACAAUGCUCUAUAUUUGUCAGCCACCAAUACCAGGUUGUCUUGCAGGAGAUCAUACCAUCCUCUAUUCUUCUGAAACUUCUUAUGAAACUAUGUUUCAACAUGCAAAAACCUAUUUGGAACUUUGAGAGGAAAUGCUUACACUACCACAUCUGAGUAACAUCCCACUGAUGUUUCUAUCGCUUGCCUAAAUAAGUUUUAGUGUGCAGGCUUUAAACAUCUAGACUCUUUAAAUGAUUAUCAAGUGGGUUCAUGCAUAUCAAAAGAACCACAAAAACCCACCAAACACUCAACUGCCCCUCCAAGUAUGGAACACAUUUCUAAGAUGUAGGGAAAAAAAUUAAAAUUACUUUUAAUAUCAAGAGUUUUAGAGAAG